GACGGACGGCUGAUUUUGAUUUAUAAAGAUUGUUUUGUAAUUGUAUCAAGAAUUACGAUAUCUUGCAUAGUUUUACCAUAUAUCUUGCUAUUAAAUUGGAUUUCCCAACACGCCUGAACAGUGAAAGUGACUGGAAAAAGAAACAAAGUUUAUUCAAAAAUGUCCAACGAAACGACAUCGAAUAAAAAUUUUUCAAACCUGGAAACUCCGGGGUAUGUUGGCUUUGCUAAUCUGCCAAACCAAGUACACAGAAAGUCUGUAAAAAAGGGAUUUGAGUUUACUCUGAUGGUAGUCGGCGAGAGUGGUUUGGGCAAAUCAACUCUUGUGAACUCAUUGUUCUUGACUGAUCUGUAUCCAGAACGAGUCAUCCCAGAUGCUAUUGAGAAAACAAAUCAGACAGUAAAACUAGACGCUUCUACUGUUGAAAUUGAAGAAAGAGGUGUCAAACUUCGCCUUACAGUAGUUGAUACUCCAGGUUACGGAGAUGCCAUUGACAACACAGACUGCUUCCGUUCAAUUAUCCAAUACAUUGAUGAGCAAUUCGAGAGAUUCUUGCGCGACGAGAGCGGUCUUAAUAGACGCAACAUUGUCGACAAUAGGAUCCAUUGCUGCUUCUACUUCAUAUCACCUUUUGGACAUGGGCUGAAACCUUUAGACAUUGAGUUCAUGAAGCAACUGCACAAUAAAGUGAAUAUUGUGCCCGUGAUCGCGAAGGCCGACUGUCUCACUAAGAAGGAAGUGCAGCGGCUGAAGUCGAGGGUCAUGGAGGAAAUUGAGAAGGAAGGCAUCAAGAUCUACCCGCUGCCUGACUGCGACAGCGACGAGGAUGAAGAUUAUAAAGAACAGGUCCGUCAAUUGAAAGCGGCAGUACCGUUCGCCGUUUGCGGUGCGGGACAGCAGUUAGAAGUACGCGGGCGCCGGGUCCGCGGUCGCCUCUACCCGUGGGGAGUGGUCGAAGUCGAGAACCCGGAACAUUGCGACUUCAUCAAACUCAGGACUAUGCUUAUAACCCACAUGCAAGAUUUACAGGAGGUAACCCAAGAAGUGCAUUACGAGAACUACCGCUCGGAGCGACUCGCGCGCAACGGACAAGUGCCCAAACGACAUACAUCUACUGAGAGUGGUUUGAGCGAGGCAGAGACAAACGGACUGAGCAACGGAUCCACCGAAGACCCGGCUGAGCGCGAACGUGCACUACGCGAGAAGGAAGCAGAGCUGCGCCGCAUGCAAGAGAUGCUGGAGCAGAUGCAGCGCCAGAUGCAGCUGCAGGCAGCCGGCGCCACCACCACCGCAUAGGGCUGCAGUGACGCACAGUUAAAAAACAGUACGAACGUCCAGAUGCCAGUCGCCUGCGACGUCGUCAACUCGAUACUGCGCGUCAUACCUUACUGUGUCACUUCCAACUAACCCAAAGACGUUCAUGCACAACAAAAUUUAUAAAUCGAAACUUACAUGAAAUAUACUUAGAAUUAGUUCUGUGUAAACGUGUAGUAAUAAUGCACGUAAAACAAAUGCGAAGAACGUCCAAUAGUUUGAUGCUUGAAAUGUGCGCGAUCAGCGAUUGUAACGUACUUUUAUUUUUGUUAAAUUUAAAAUUU